GGUGGCUUCUGUCUCUUUCUCUCUCUCUCUCUCUCAGGCCUCAAAGAGAGCCUGUGGUUGUGUUUAUAAAUAGUAAUAGAGAUUGGGUUGCGGCUUCAUUCAGAGAGACGAGUUUGGAACGGAAGUGAUUCACAGGCAGCAUCCAAUUUCACGAAUUUUCUACUUUGGGGAGAAAGAGAGGGAGCUGAGAAACUGAGGAAAAGAUGGAUAACGACUGUGAUAAAACUUCCUGGAUUGCUGACAAAAAUUUACCUGUCCCACCUCCAUUACUUGGUCUGGUGACAACCAGCUGUCCUCAAAAGGGAUUAGUCAUGAAGAGAUCAUCACUCAGAGGACAGAGUUGUGUCUCUACAGCUAUGAGGAAUUCAUGGGACCGCCUCUUUGACGAAGCUUAUAGAGCAGAUGUUUCAAUUAAUACAGCUAGUGGUGAAGUCAUCUACGCACAUGCUAGCAUUCUGGGCAUAGCUUCCCCGGUAUUGAAAAGCAUGUUAAAGCAAUCAAGACGCCGUGGUCAUCGGCGAUCAAUCUCAAUAUGGGGGGUUCCACACGAGGCUGUUCGAGUUUUCAUUCGAUUCUUGUAUUCUUCCUGCUACGAACAACAAGAAAUGGUGGAACACGCCUUGCAUUUAUUGGUGUUAUCACAUGUAUUUGUGGUGCCACAGUUAAAGCGAUUAUCAGAAUGGCAGAUGGAGCAAGGAUUACUCACCAUAGAGAACGUAAUUGACGUCUUGCAGCUUGCACUACUUUGUGAUGCCCCGCGGCUUAGCCUCAUUUGUCACCGUCUGAUAUUGAAAAGCUUCAAGGCUGUUUCUGCCACCGAAGGAUGGAAAAUAAUGAAGGAGAGCCACCCAGUGUUGGAAAAGGAACUUCUGGAAUCUGUUAUUGAAGAGGAUACCAGGCAGAAAGAGAGGGUGAGAAAGGUGAAUGAGAGAAAGAUGUAUCUGCAAUUAUAUGAGGCAAUGGAAGCUCUUGUUCAUAUAUGCAGAGAUGGUUGUCGCACCAUCGGUCCACACGACAAGCUUCUAAAAGAGAAUCAGGCGCCUUGCGACUAUGAGGCUUGUAAGGGCCUAGAAUUGCUUGUUCGUCACUUUGCUGGAUGCAAAAUGAGAGUCUCCGGUGACUGCAUCCAUUGCAAGAGAAUGUGGCAGGUCUUGGAAUUACACUCUCGUCUCUGCGCUGAUUCAAAUGUUUGUAGGGUUCCUUUAUGCAGAAAGUUUAAGCUGAGGAUAAACAAACAGAGCAAGAAGGAUGAUAUUAAGUGGAGAAUACUGGUGAGAAAGAUCUUGAGAACAAAGAGUAUUUCAGGAGCUCCUUUCUUUUCAUUGGUCUCAACAUGAAAGCAAAGCUGGUACAUCUGUUGUAAUUCAUAACACAAAAAUCUUCCUAAUGUACUGGUAUGAUAAAUAAUAUUUCAAAGAUUACCAAUCAAAAAAAUAAUGUCUCAA